UUUAUAAGCAAAUAGUGAAACCUGUCUUGUGGCCAGGAUCUCUUUUAGUUCCAUGGAUGUCAGCAAGAGCACCCGUGACCUCCCAAUGUCUGUCAGCGAUUCCUCUAUUUCACUUUCUGACUAAACACCUGCUAACUUUCUUGUAUAUAAACCUUAACACCAGCUGGGUUUCUUUGUAUAGAGCUUCUUCUUCAUUAAUUCUUCCUCUCAUUCUACCAGCCAAUGACAAAGUUUCAACAGACUUUGCUCAUUUUUCUUCUUCUUCUUCUACUCAGUGUAAGCCAAACACUGUGCCAUACCAAAGGACUCAGACCGGGAAAAUCUGGCUGGAACCAUCCGACGACAAAUGUGACUAGAGCCCAAUUCUCCGAAAUGCAAUUCAUGAAGUGGGUAAAAUUUGUUGGCAAUCUAAAGCACUCGGUUUUCAAGACAGCAAACAACAAGCUUUUCACUUCGUAUACUAUAACCGUGGCAAAGAACCCGGCGGCCGGAGACUUCACCAAAGUUCAAGAUGCUAUUGAUUCCCUUCCUUUCAUCAAUCUUGUCAGAGUGGUUAUCAAAGUCCAUGCAGGUGUUUACACGGAGAAGGUCAAUAUACCUCCAUUGAAAUCUUUUAUAACCAUAGAAGGGGCAGGAGCUGAUAAAACAAUAGUUCAAUGGGGAGACACAGCUCAAACUCCAUGCCCAAAUGGGAAACCUAUGGGGACAUACAGCUCUGCAACUUUUGCCGUAAAUUCUCCAUAUUUCAUUGCUAAGAACAUCACAUUCAAGAAUACAACGCCAGUUCCAGCCCCAGGAGCAGUGGGAAAACAAGCAGUAGCAUUCAGAAUAUCAGCAGAUACAGCAAGUUUUUGGGGUUGUAAAUUCUUAGGGGCUCAAGAUACACUGUAUGAUCAACUGGGUAGGCACUAUUAUAAGGACUGUUACAUUGAAGGAUCGGUUGAUUUCAUCUUUGGCAAUGGGCUUUCCCUGUUUGAGGGAUGUCACGUGCAUGCAAUAGCACAGCUCACAGGGGCCCUAACGGCACAAGGAAGAAGCAGUCUAUUAGAAGACACAGGCUUCUCUUUUGUUAACUGUAAAGUCACGGGCUCUGGAGCUCUGUAUUUGGGGAGAGCUUGGGGCCCCUUCUCUCGAGUAGUCUUUGCUUACACUUACAUGGACAACAUCAUUAUUCCCCAAGGCUGGUACAACUGGGGAGACCCCAAUCGCGAAAUGACUGUAUUUUAUGGGCAGUACAAAUGCACAGGGCCAGGAGCUAAUUUUGCCGGGAGGGUGUCAUGGUCAAGGGAGCUCACUGAUGAGGAGGCCAAGCCUUUUAUUUCUCUUAGUUACAUUGAUGGAUCUGAAUGGAUUAACUUAUAAUUAUAUAUCCAAUUUUUGUUCAAUGAAGCUGCACAGAUUCAAUACAGUACGCAGUACAUCUCUGCAAACAGCAUAUGCGCAUGACAUAUGCCAAGGUUUGAUGGCCAUAUUGAAAUUUUUGUAACGUACGAUAAAUGAAUAAAUUCUUUUCAAAAAGGGGCCCGUGCAGAUUAAAUUUAAGAUUGCUAA